GUCAAACCAAUAAUUCUAGGCAGUUAAUACGUACCCUGGAAAGCGAGCGAGAAAACUCUUAAUAUAGUCUCUAGCUUCGUUUUAUUUUUCGGUCUGUGUUUCCAGUGAGAAUGAGAGAGUGUAUCUCAAUUCAUGUUGGCCAGGCUGGAGUUCAGAUUGGGAAUGCCUGUUGGGAGCUAUACUGUUUGGAGCAUGGUAUACAGCCUGAUGGACAGAUGCCCAGUGAUAAGACCAUUGGUGGCGGAGAUGACUCGUUCAAUACCUUCUUCUGUGAGACCGGGGCUGGCAAACAUGUUCCAAGAUCAGUGUUUGUUGAUUUGGAACCUACAGUUGUUGAUGAGGUUCGUACUGGCACUUACAGGCAGCUUUUCCACCCAGAACAGUUGAUUACUGGCAAAGAGGAUGCAGCAAAUAAUUAUGCUCGGGGUCACUACACAAUUGGGAAAGAAAUUGUGGAUUUGGUACUAGAUCGUAUUCGCAAAUUGGCUGAUCAGUGCACUGGCCUUCAAGGGUUCCUAAUCUUCCAUAGCUUUGGUGGAGGUACUGGUUCAGGAUUUGCGUCAUUACUUAUGGAGAGGCUUUCUGUUGAUUAUGGAAAGAAAUCAAAGUUGGAAUUUGCCAUCUAUCCUGCUCCACAAGUGUCAACUGCUGUAGUUGAACCAUAUAACUCUGUCCUAACUACACAUACUACUCUGGAGCAUUCAGACUGUGCCUUCAUGGUAGACAAUGAAGCUAUUUAUGAUAUCUGCCGUCGCAACCUUGACAUUGAGCGCCCCACCUACACCAAUCUGAAUCGGCUUAUUGGGCAGAUUGUAUCAUCUAUUACAGCCUCACUAAGAUUUGAUGGUGCUCUCAAUGUAGAUCUGACUGAAUUCCAAACCAACCUUGUGCCCUACCCACGAAUCCAUUUCCCACUUGUAACAUAUGCUCCUGUCAUCUCAGCUGAGAAAGCUUUCCACGAGCAACUGGCUGUUGCUGAAAUUACAAAUGCCUGCUUUGAGCCUGCAAAUCAGAUGGUUAAAUGUGAUCCCCGUCAUGGCAAGUAUAUGGCAUGCUGUAUGCUGUACAGAGGAGAUGUUGUACCAAAGGAUGUGAAUGCAGCUAUUGCAACCAUUAAAUCUAAACGUACUAUUCAGUUUGUGGACUGGUGUCCGACUGGUUUUAAGGUAAGAUUAAAUUGA